AUGGCAACCACCGAGUCAGGCGGCCGAAACAAAGGUGCCGUCGAGGUUACUCCAAAAUAUUGCUGCUCUCGCUACUUCAUUAGCAUUAUUAUCUUCCUUUUCCCUCUCGCCUAUGCAAGUUUUGUAAGAUUUAUCAACAGCAGAGACCAGUGUUACAUAGAGCUAUUUGCUCACUCCAUCUCCGUCUCAAAAGCCGCAAACGUUUCAACCGCUGAUUGGAAAACCGGUUUGAUUGCUACGAGUCCAGCCACAGGGUGUAAACUCUCUCUACAUACAGUCACGUCACGUUUCCUUCGUGGGGACGAGGUUAUCUCCCAGGCAUCUCCGUCGUUGGAUGGUUUCGGGCGACUUGCUACGUUCGAGAAAACUGAUGAGUCGGUUACAGUUGUCGACUUCAGAAACGUGGUGACGCCGGUGGUUAACGGCAGCGUGGUUUGGGAUUAUCGUGUCGAGAGUAUCGUGGGGUUGAAGGCAGAAUUUGCACAUGGGUUCAUGUCGGUGGUUUGCCCCGAUAUUCCGGUGGAGUUUUCGGCGGAUGCGGCCGGGAAUGUGUUUGGUUCAUUGCUCGGAGGUAUGCGACCAUGUCAAUAUUUACUCCGGGAUAACAUGGAUUAUGUUUAG